AUGAAGUUUCAUGCUCAGGACAAGAUGCUUUUCUUGGCAGUUGUGUCGCACGAGGAGCCGCCGCUGGCUGUUUUCGAGCUGCUGGAUAGAGUUUACCAGGUACUCUUCAGAUACCUGGGGGAGGUCAGUGAAGAUGCGCUGCGACAAAACUUCUCGACAGUAUACUUGCUGCUGGAUGAGAUGAUCGACAGCGGCCUGCCUUUCACCACAGAACUGAACAGCCUUGAGUCCAUAAUCGCCCCUCCAUCCGCGAUCGGAAAGGUGGUCCAGGCGGUCUCCGGCAGCAGCACACAGGUGCUGUCAGAUGUGCCCCUGGAGUCUUCUGGCCAGGCUGGGCCUCUUGGCGCUCUUUCGUCGGCUUUCGGGUCCCUCUCGCAUACGCAAAUCGGAGGUGCCUCUGCCGAGGUGUGGUGGCGAAAGCAGAACGUUGCAUAUGGCUCGAACGAGGUUUACGUAGACAUCGUAGAGACGAUCAGCUGUACAUGCAAUGGAAGCGGCCAUAUUGUCUCUGGUGGCAUCAGCGGGGAAGUCUUGAUGACGAGCAAGCUGAGUGGAAUCCCUGAGGUGUUGCUCAGCUUACGCAACCCAAGCAUCUUGCAGAAUGUUUCAUUUCAUCCCUGCGUCAAGCUCCCUCGCUACCAUAGGGACAAGGUGCUAUCCUUCAUUCCUCCGGAUGGGGAGUUCUCACUGGCCAAUUAUUGGAUUCCUGACAUCACCAUGAACUUGCCGUUCCACUUCUCGGUCUCUGUGAACUACCACUCUGAUCACGGGAAAGUGCAGAUUGCAGCAAGCCCCAAGCUUGCCGUGACCAUGCAGCACAAGCAGAUGCUCAUCGACAAGUUUGUUGUAAAUGUUCGUCUUCCUGCAAGUAUCGCGUCUGCGAACCUCGCAUGCCAGGGAGGUAGCGUCCGCUUUGACGAAGAGUCGAAGGUCAUUGUUUGGAACCUGGGCAAGCUGGCCAGUCAGGAAAGCAAAGCAGAGGGCACGCUGACAUAUGCCACGAACCCAAAGGAUGGUAGUGCGCAAAUUCCGUUUGAAGAGAAAUCCACAGCGCAGCUGGCAUUCCAGAUCAAGGGGUGGGCAAUCUCCGGAGUCCGGCUUGAUGCUUGCGAUGUCACCGGCAUCAACUACACCCCCUACAAAGCAUCCAGGUACACAACCACUGCUGGCAAGAUCGAGUAUCGGAUCGCCUGA